AUGUCAGGACGGUGUGUCAGCACUAUGGAGGUUGACUUGUGAAUAUCCCUUGGUUAACAGUUCUUUUAUCUUCUGUGAGAAAUUAUUGGAUACAAUCUGCUUCUGUAAGAAAUCUCAGAAAGAAAUUCAACCAUGAGGAUUACAUGUUCAGCCUUCCUGCUCUUAAUCCAAACAUUACAGUGUUUGGGUUUAGAUGAUUCCCCAUUUCAACUUAGCAACAAGGCCACUGGGUUUUGUUUGGUUAAAACAAAUAACUUCUGCAAUGAAAUUCGGUGGACAACUGGUGACCGACUUCUGGUUCACCAAAGGAAGAAGUGCCUGGGCGUCCAAGGGAAAAGUGUUGGAAGUGAAAUAAGCCUUUACGAUUGUGAUGAAAACAGUGAACUCCAAAAGUGGGAAUGCAAGAAUGGAACCGUGCUGGCUCUUAGAGAUCAAGAGCUUUACAUUGAGCUUACUGCAGAUAACACAGCCGUUCUCUCCAGAACUGUUGGGUCCAAAAGCUACCUCACCAUUUCAGGGGGGUCCAGUGGGGCCUGCACAAGAACAUACAGAGAACUUUAUUCCAUUGGUGGGAAUGCAGCUGGGAUGCCUUGCAUGUUUCCCUUCCAGUACAAAGACCAGUGGUACUCCGACUGCACUAUGACUGACUCACCAGAAAAUCAGCUCUGGUGUGCAGUGGAAACAAAAUAUCAAAGUGAACGCUGGGGCUACUGUCCGGUUACAUCCAAAGGAUACUGGAAUAUACACCCAACAACAGGAGCAUACUACCAGCUCAACACUCAGUCAGCUCUAACUUGGCCCCAGGCUGAGACCAGCUGCCAACAGCAGGGUGCCUCCCUGCUCAGUAUCACUGAUCCUCAUGAGCAGGCCUAUGUCACAGCACUACUAGGUUCUGGGGGUAAUAAGCUGUGGACUGGACUUAUCCUGGAUCCCGGACACGGCUGGAAGUGGUCUAAUGGAAGGCCUUACCGCUAUAUGAAAUGGGACUCAGGACAUCCGCUUCCUGAUCCUGGACACAACUGUGCAAUGGUUGCUCCUGCUGUACGGUACUCCUGGCAAAGUUUCCCUUGCAGCAGGAAACUAGGGUACAUCUGCUACAGCAAAGCGAGUGAGGUACUGCCUACGAAAGCUGUAGAAACUGGAUUUUGUUCAAGACCUUGGAUUCCCUACAAUGGCCACUGCUUCUACCUCAAUCGUACUGAGAAAACGUGGCCUGAAGCUCAGAGGGAUUGUCGUUUCAGAGGAGGAGACCUUGUCAGCAUCCACAGUGUGGAAGACCAAAGCUUUGUCAUCUCUCAACUUGGAUUUGCUUCCACUGAUGAGCUUUGGAUUGGACUGAAUGACAGGAAGACAGAGAAGCUGUUUGAUUGGGUUGAUCACUCUACUGUCAGUUUUACCAGCUGGGAGUUUGGGGAACCUGCUGUCUCCACUGAUAUAAACGACUGUGUUCUCAUCAGGGGGGAGACUGGGAACUGGGCUGACCGUGUGUGUGAGGAGAGACAUGGCUUCAUUUGCAUGAAGUUGAGUUCCACAAGGGCCACUGAAGAUGAAGUUGUGAUGGAUGAAGGCUGCAGAACUGGAUGGAGAAGACAUGGAUGGUAUUGUUACUUUAUAGGAACACAGUCAAAAACUUUUGAUGAGGCUGUGGCUGACUGCAAGAGUUACAAUUCUUAUUUAGCUGAUGUUUCAAAUGGGGUGGACAAUGCAUUCCUUGUCAGUUUGUUAGGGUGGAGACCAGAGAAGCACUUUUGGCUCGGGCUCUCAAACCAGAAAAAUAUCGAUGAAUUUGUGUGGACCAACACAGACGCCGUGAGAUUUACAUACUGGAAUGCUCAUAUGCCUGGUAGUGGACAAGGCUGUGUUGCCAUGACAAGUGGAAUUUUUGCUGGUCUCUGGGAUCUGCUGCCCUGCACCAAAAGUGAGAAAUACAUCUGCAAACACCUGGCAGAGGGAGCCGUUAUAACCCCUGCACCACCCAUUCUUACCACUCCUUCCAAAUGUCCCCCUGGGUGGACUCUAUUGCGAACAAGAAACUACUGUUAUAAGGCAUUUCGAGACUCCUCAGCUGGAAGGACUUGGUAUGAGGCCAGAGAUUACUGCAAAGCCAUUGGAGGGGACCUGCUCAGCAUCCACAGCGAGCUUGAGCUAUUGUCGAUAAAUAGAUACAAAUUCUCUCCAGAUGUAGAUGUUAUAAACUUCAGAUAUCAUAUCAAAUAUCAAAAUCAUAUCAGACAUGGAGCUGUCUGGAUUGGACUGAGUGCCCCAGACCCAGGCACUGGAUAUUUAUGGAGUGAUGGAUCCCCACUUCAGUUCCAAGACUGGGACGACAACGAGCCAGACAAUAAAAACAAUGUGGAAUCUUGUGUUCAAUUACUAAAUUCUUAUCGGCGAGGGACUUGGGGCGAUGUGCAUUGUGAGAAAGAGCUUGGGUGGCUGUGUCAGAUCCAUACAGGGUUGACUCCAAAUCCUUCUCCAGACCCUGUCCGUCCUGCCUACAAUAUGACCUCCGAUGGGUGGUUUGAAUGGAACGGGAAUCAGUAUUAUAUUUCAAGGAACUCACUGGCCAUGGAAGAAGCUCGUUCAUCAUGCAAACGGAGGCAUAGCGACUUGGUAACUAUCAACAGUGAAGCUGAGAGUAUCUUUUUAUGGAACCGGAUAUACAAUUAUAGGAGUUCUUUCUGGAUUGGCCUGACUGUAGAUCUUGAUAGAACAUAUGGGUGGAUGGAUGGUUCUCCAGUGGUGUUUCUAAGGUGGGAUGAAGGUCAACCUCGUUUCCAAAACAAUGAUGAAAAUUGUGCUGUCAUGACUAGGUCAAUGGGGUUCUGGCAUGAUAGUAACUGUGGGUUUAUGAAUUCCCUCAUUUGUAAACGCAAUGAUACACCCCCAGCCCAUGCUACUGUACCCCCAACAGUCCCUCUGAAAGGUGGCUGUCCACUAAACUGGAAAAAAAUGGACUCAAAGUGUUACACCAUUAUUAACAAGGAGAGGGAAACGUGGGAUGGAGCGAGGGCACAAUGCAUAGCCAUGGGAGGAAAUCUGGCCUCAAUUAACUCAAGACAUGUCCAAGUGUUUUUGACCACAUUAAUGGCGGAGGCACCAACCACAGAUCUGUGGAUUGGUUUGCAUAAUAAAAACAGUUAUCUGUUUUAUUGGACUGAUGGUCUAUCAAGGCAAUACUUCAACUGGAAUAACAACGAGAAUUUCCAGAGCUUUUCACAUUUUCACCAUCAUAACCAUGAGCAGAGCUUUGCACGUCUUCACCGUCAUAACCAUGAGCAGACAAAAGAGUGUGUUGUGAUGACCAGUGUUACUACUAAGGAACUAGGAAAAUGGACUCGAAAGUCCUGCAAUGACACCAAUGGAUAUGUCUGCCUUCGAAGUGUUGACCCUUCUCUGCCAGACUCUCCUCAACCAACAACUCAAAACUAUGUCAACAUUUUCAAUGACUCUGUGAAGGUUAUCACAAGAAAAAUGACCUGGUAUGCAGCUCAGAAGAACUGCAAAGGUGAUGGUGCCACACUGGCUAGCCUGCGAAAUAUCUGGUCAAAGACAUACAUUGACCUGAUAACUCUGAAUCUCAACGCUCCUGUGUGGAUUGGACUGAACAAAAUUGAGACUGGUGGAUAUUUCAGAUAUACUGAAGGCUGGCAUCUCAAUUCAAAUUACUGGGAUGCAGGGGAACCAAGUAGUGACCAACCUUGUGUGCGUGUGGAUGUGGAUGGAAGAUGGCAUACUUCUGAGUGUGAAAGGACAAUGGCCAGUGUUUGUAUGAAGAGUACAGAUGUGCCUCCAACUGAGUCAUCUGAAUUUCCUGGAAUAUGCCCUAAUGUUCAAGAGCAACUACAAUUCAGAAGACCGCUGUAUACCUGGCUGCCAUUUAAGGGCAAUUGUUACCUGUUUUGGCCAGAACGAUGUAGUUGGCCGGAUGCAUCUGCUAAAUGUGCAGCAUAUGGUGGAUCUCUUGUCAGCAUUGAAGAUCCCUCAGAGCAAGUCUUCAUUCAAAGUCAAAUAAAUGUAUAUGACGACAGUCAGCCGUCUUACUGGAUCGGCUUGUACAAAACACACAGAGGCCAGUGGCUGUGGUUGGAUAAAGCAGCCAUGGACUACACUAACUGGGAUUUAGGUACACCUUAUGAAAAAAGUUAUGGAGCGAUAAGAGUUUCAGAUGGAAAAUGGAUCACAAUGAGGAACGGCUAUCAGGGAUAUAUUUGCAAAACCGCUAAAGUCAUUUUACAACAGGCACCAUCAUCAGUUGAAAGCCCUGUGGUGACUCCCCAAUCCAAUGGCAACCUCAUCCUGCCAUCUGUCCUGGUCAUUUGUGCGACUGCUUUAGUGAUCCUCAUAGUUGUUAUCGUAUUACUUCUCGUCAAAAAGUCUGGUCGCUUUAGUGUACCAAUGUCAUCUGCCUUUCACAACCCAAUAUUCUUUAACAGAACACAGUCACAGCCUAAUCUGGUUGACGCAAAUUAAGUAGAAGGAAAAGUCGAAGAAGAGAUCCCUGAGGCUGGUAUAACUUUGUGAAUUCAUGCAAGCAAAGAAAAGGGCUUUCAUGAACAAAAAAGGGGUCUUAUUUAGCAUACUAAUCUAUUUUGUAAAACUUUGAAAUUAAGUGUCAUUGUAUCAUUUUAAAAAACAACAACUUACCUAAAUGUAUGAAUGUGAAUGUUUUUUUUUUUUAUACAGAGGAGGCUCAAAGGGUUUUUGUGCUUAUCUAAACUAUGUUACGACUAAUGUUUUUACUCACCUUUUGUUAACAUUUUGGUUGGCCUCUUCUACUUUGGAACACAAUUAUCUGCUACUUAUCCAGGUUACUGCUUGUGCUAUUUUGAUGAAGAAUUUUUAAAAAAUGGAACACAGACUUAUCUGUUGAAUAUAUUAUACAUUUAGGAGGCAACCAAUGUUACCAAGUGACCUGAUAAACUAUCCAAAAGAGAGUCAGAUCCUAAACCAGCCUAUGGACUGCAAACACAAGAGUUUGUGUAGUCAGAGUUAAAAUAGGUUAUCUGCUUCCUUCUUGAUCAAACCUGAUCAACUAUAAACUAUAAGGAAUUAUAGAUAACUGUUUUAAUCACACAAUCAUUCAAAAGUGAAAACAGCUGGGUUUAAUUUAGCAGGCAGAUUAAAUUAUCAAUGGCAAAAAUGUCCGGUGAGAUGGGCCGACACAUUUUCUGUAAUUUCGGACUCUGUUUAGAUGAUGAAUGAAGACUUGUAGGCUAUUGACUCUGAUAGAAAGUUGGGAUAAAGCAGACUGAUAACAAGA